AUGUCUAGCCUGGCGAUGCACUGCUUAUAUGUUCCGUUGACCAACGCAAGUCCGACCCCAGCUCUUAAUCUGUUGCUCACUAUCCCUGAUCAUGUCGUCUGCCUGUUACGGAAGGUAUAUGAAGCAGGGGAAGAAGUACAAUGCAUGAGAAAAACAGAUCUGAAACAGGCUUUGUGUCUAGAUGCACACUUGCACACACUUGGCUUGUCUACCGAAUGGAGAGGUGUCAGAGCAGCAGCUGCUAAUAUGACUAUACUCAAAGACAAUACCAUCGCUGACGCAGUUGGUCAGCGGGUCGCGCGGAUGUUGCUGGUCUUAAAUUAUAAGGAAAUCUGCGGGUGCCCCCAGAGUCACUGUCCACGACCUCGAAGAGCCGGAGAAAAGCGAAAGGCGUAUAUGAUAAACUGUAUUGUUUAUGCCUGUUUUUCCAGGGAUCUCUUUAAAAGUAAAUGCGAUGUGAUCCAUAAUUUCCUGAGACAAGGUAGAUUGUUAUGGAUUAUCUCCAGUAUUGUCGGUCUGGGCUUUGUGCUGAUAUAUAGUGAUGAAUUAAUGUCCACGAUCAAGAACGUCAGUAUCACUCAUAAUGGGGUUAAUGCUAUUGCUAUAUCCACGUUGUACAUGCGACCGAGAAUGGUGGCCUUACUUUAUUCUCUAGAACCGGCGGUGGCAGACUUGAUGUCUGGAAAAAUCUCCAAAGCUCUAUAUAGAGUCAUUCAAGAUGAGACCGGAAUACUAGGGCUAUCCGCUCUGUCUUGCACGAAUGGAGUGUAUCAGGCCCAUCUGGACCACCAGUAUAGCACGGGAAAUUGGGAGCCGGUUGAUCUUGCGCUUGCAGUCCACAAGAUAAAGGAAAGAUUAUGUAGCAGAUUCCGAGGAGCAUAUUUUUCUGUAGACUAUGAUAGUCUGAACAAGACUUCGACGGUGGACAUCAACCUUUGA